UCUAUUCACUGCGCAGGUGAUGGCACCUGAACGUGUUGGUGAUUGCAAUUUUUCGAAACAUUUCAAAAUAUUGGGAUCAGGAGUUGUAUGCCUUUGAUACAUUUGGAUGUGCGUGCGACUCACAUGCAGCGCGGGCAGGAGGUGAGUCCAAACCAUGACCUCAUGAUCUCGCGCCUCCCACGCGUUUGUUUCCACGUCUGCAACCUCAAACCACCAUCUCGAUAGUGUAUAACAUCACACACAUCAAACCAUUUACACACGCUUCAAUGCAAGAAACCUUACACCAUGGCUCCCUCCGAUCUCCAAGAUCUCCAAGCAAAUUGGAAAGAGCUCUGUCAAAAAACCCUCCCAGCCGCAGCAACCGCCAAAGAUCCCGCUCAGGUAUUCCAAUGUCAAUUUCAAUCUACAUCAUUUGAAGGACUUCACGCUGACAAAUCCCUAGUCCAAAUGGCCAGUCCUCGUUGAUCACUGUUUCGCUCGUAUCGUCCUCGAUAACGUGGUCGGAGUCGACAGUCCGUGGAAAGAAAAGCUGAAGAGUCCGGCGUACAAGAAUAUGAGUCAACCCCAGUUGGAAAGUUGCAUUGAGCUCGGCUUCAAGAUCCUGGAUGGGGCGGUCGAUCUCGUGGGGUUGAAUGAGAAGAGUCUAGCUUUGAGAGGCAAACAGGAGAGCGUGAAGAGGAAGAGAAGCGAAGAGCCAACAUCCGAAGACGACGAGGUCAAGAAGAGGAAACUGUCUUUAUCCUUACAACCUGACUCCUCAGCUCAAGAUCAAAAUCGGAAUCGAAAUCGAAAUCGAAAACUCAUUACCGGAGAGAUCUCGCCGUACUUCGCAAGUCCAUCUCCAUCAAUGAAGAAUCCCCGCACCAAUUCCGUCGCGGAGGAAGAUCUCACACCUUGGAUCCCGAAAAUCGCUCUCUGUCACAAGACUCCCUUCCAAAAGCGGGUUCUCACGGCUCUAUGUCAGGUUCCAAGAGGGAAGUUCACGACCUAUGCCGCGAUAUCCACGUAUCUCAAUGCGUGUCCGCGAUCGGUGGGCACGGCGUUGAGAGACAACCCGUUUGCCCCGGAUGUCCCAUGUCAUCGCGUGCUCACGACGGGGGGUGGAAUUGGUGGUUUCCGUGGAAGCUGGGGGAGAAAUGGCGAGGUGGGGAAGAACGAUGAUAAGAAACGAGCGCUACUGAGGGAAGAAGUGGUGAGAUUUGAUGGGAGUGGAAAAGCUGUGGGUGUCGCCUGGGAUCACUUUCGAUGAAUUCUGCAUGCGGAAUGUGGAGGUGUUGAUUCUGCACACCAGACCAGUUCAUCUUGUAUUCAAUAAGAACCAUGGAACCAUCCCGCGAUGAAAUGUUGUAUUUACAAUGCCGGUCUCCAUCCUGUAUUUCAUUUUAAGCGACCGCACUCUUACCUAUUCUAGGACGAAAUCAC